AUGCCCUCCACACACGCGCUUCGGGAGGGACUAGAGCAUUAUGAACGAGAGUGCGGGGCUCGGUCAAGGUCUAUUAUCACCGUCUGCUCAGUUUCGAGCGCACUGGAAGGAUGGUUAGCGGUGUACCUCGAACAAUAUCUGUCUCGAGAUAUGGCGAUCUUCGCCAUUAUUAUUUGGCUUUGCUUAUUGGCAAUUUGGAUGUGGGCCAUGUACGCCACCUACUCCAGAUUCUGCAACGAUUUCCCCAGCUUCAACAAAUGGCACAAGGCAUGGUGUGGGCUUUUGGCUCUAAUCCUCUUUUUCGUUUUCGCAGACGUUGUUGGAACUAAGAUGGGAGGAAGACUUCUUCUAGUAGGCAGCCUCAUGUUUAUCGCUUUGUCGAUAAUUACUGCGUAUGCGCUGCUAUUAGUAUUUGGCUGGGUCGUGAAACACGUCCAGGAGCUUUUAGUUCAACUAGGCAAUAUGAGGAGCCCCGCCCCAGCGCCAUUGGACUGGUGCUGA